AUGGAGACUCUUGCUGUCAUUAUCAUGCUAAUCUUUAAGGGGGCUGCCCAAGGCGGUGUAGGAUUGCCAAUCAACGUGACUGUGGCCCAAGAUGGAUCCGGUAAUUAUACCAAGAUUUCAGAUGCUGUGUCCGCAGCACCAGAACACAGUAGACAUCAAUACAACAUAAAUAUCAAAGCAGGAAUUUACUCCGAGUACAUUGAGAUUGGGAGCAAGAAAACAAAUUUGGCAUUCAUUGGAGACGGUAUGGAGAAAACAGUCAUCACUGGCAACAGGAGCUAUGGCAAAGGCUGGAAAACUUUUUGGUCUGCAACUGUAGCCAUAAAUGGACACAACUGCUCAGCAGAAAAAAUAACAAUAAUAAAUUCUGCUGGUCCAAACUAUCGUCAAGCCGUUGCAUUAAGAAGCAGUUCAAAUUUCUCCACCUUCUACAAGUGUGUUUUCCAAGGUUAUCAGGACACGCUCUACGUGCACCAAGGCAUUCAGUUCUACAGAGAUUGUGAGAUAUAUGGAACUGUAGACUUUGUUUUUGGGAAUGCAAGAGUUGUCAUCCAACACAGUUACUUUUUGGGAAUGCAAGAGUUGUCAUCCAACACAGUUACAUAUAUGUUCAUGAACCAACUGCUAACAAUUCAAAUAUAA